AUGACUAUGUUUACGUAUAUUAUCUUAUUCAUACUGGCUGGAACGUCGUCGUAUCGUUACUUGCCAGAGACGGGACGCAUUCCAUAUUCCUACUCUACCUCGGAACGUGAUCUGCUCGCAAAUAUAACAGAAAUACCGCAUCACGUUUUAAUAGUUUAUAGUACUUGGUAUUGUUCUGGAUGUUUGACGGGCAGCAGGAUUGUUAUUACGGCGGCUAGCUGCUUCGCAAAACACAAAGGGGAGCCGAUUACUGUGAAAGUAGGCGCUGAAUCGAUAACUGCUAAUGGGCAAGUUAUUACAGUGAUUGAAUUGAAAAAGCACGAGUAUUUUCGACACUUAAACAAACUUGAUAAUGACAUUGCACUGUUGGUUUUACAGGAACAUGUAGAUUUUGAAGACGGUGGCGGCGUAGAAAAGGCCGUUCUCCUAGAAGCGAAUGUCGCAUUCCACGUUAACACUCCUCUGAAUGUAUACGGAUGGGGAGGCCCAGAGAAGGUAGUAAAGUACCAAAAUAUGCCACUCUGUUCCAUAAUGGCAGUUGUGGAGAAAUUGGAAUGUCAGGAACAGUACGGACAUCUGAUAACGCCCUCAAACUUUUGUGUGAGAUAUAAUCCUCAACGUAGGUUAAGCGACAAUGGUGGAGGUGCGAUUUACAACAAAACUCUCGUCGGUAUCCUCUCCGCCGGUGGAACAAGCAGCCAAGUACCACAUUUCGCUGUUCUUACAAAUAUUUCAUACUUUAAUAAGUGGAUUAAACUAAACACAAAGAAUUUUUUGAGCAAGUAUUGUUCUAUGCACAAUUCCGAUGAUUAUUAUCAUAUAGACUCUGUUGAAUUCCCAGAAGCUUGA